AUGGAAAAUCAAUUUUUCAAGCAAAAGAGAUCACAAGUAAUAAAAACUCAAAAGGAUAAAAAACUAUUGGAGAAGAAAAAGAAAAGAAAUAAAGGUAGAAAUAUCAAGAUAUAUCAUGGUAAUAAUGAUAGAUCCCGCAUAUGGAGAUAUUGGAAUCCAAAUGGGAAUAGGAACCCAGGCAGUUAUGAUUAUGAUAAAAUAAACAAUCUUUUUGAGCAAAUUAAGGAAAGGCAACUAUCUCUUGAUGAACUUGAUAAAAUUCUGACUGAAAAGCAUAGCGGCUGAAAGAAACUAGCACAUCCUGACAAGAAAUUCAGUGUCAAGGACUACUUUAAAAAAUGCCUAGAGCCCACUUAUAUAAAGGAUGCUGAAUAUUGCUUGUAUUUGUGUAAUACAUUUGAUUUUUAA